AAGAGGAACCACCUCCCUUCGAAACCCCGCAGCAUCCUCAGUCCGGGAGUAUGAGGACUUUCUGCUUGCUCUUGCUCGGCGUCGUCGCCGUCAGCGCCCAGCGUCGUUUAGCCUUGCCCGAUCCGCGGAGCUGCGCGAACCGUGUUCGUCACGCAUCGUACAGGGAUGGCAGGGGGGUCGUUCACUCGUAUUUCUUCAGCUGGGAACAUCAGCCGACCAGAAGUCUCGAAGUUGACUGGCUAGACGCUCGCAACAUUUGCCGUCGUCACUGCAUGGACGCCGUGUCCCUGGAGACCCCGCAGGAGAACGAAUACAUCAAGCAGAGAGUAGCGAGAGGAAACGUGAGAUACAUUUGGACGUCCGGGCGUAAGUGUAACUUCAACGGCUGCGACCGACCUGAUCUCCAGCCCCAGAACAUCAACGGAUGGUUCUGGUCUGGAUCUGGUGCCAAGAUUGGACCGACGACCCAGCGAAACUCCGGAGACUGGAGCAACACUGGAGGAUACGGUCAGCCACAGCCGGACAAUCGCGAGGCUGCGCAGGGUAACGACGAGUCCUGCCUGUCCAUCUUGAACAACUUUUAUAACGACGGCAUCAAGUGGCACGACGUGGCGUGUCAUCAUGUGAAGCCUUUCGUGUGCGAGGACAGCGACGAGCUCCUCAACUUUGUUGCGUCCCGAAACCCAGGGAUCCGUUUGUGAAAGACGACCGCGGCGAACUCUCGGGCAAGCAGACUAUCGUCGUGCGUCGAAGGGAAAAGCGCGAGGAACGGAGACCACGGCGGUGUUACACGAGCGGCACCGUGCACUCGUCCCUCUACACUUUCUCUCUCUCGCACAUUUAUUUAUAAUUACACAUUAACCGAUUAUCCCCUUCUUGUUAACGGCCGCGAUUGUAGUGCUACGCGAUUCACCGUAAGCGGAACCGAUUGGUAGC